UCUAUCAAUGGCACAAUGUAGCACAAGUUAGUACGCAUCUUUCUAUAGAAAAAAAAGUUUGUUUUGGCAAAAGUGCGGGGGUAGUAUAAUUUUGGUUUUAUUUCUUUUCUUAAUUGUUAUUGAUGUUAUCGAUCUCUUAUUUACGGCACAAUACGGCACAAACGUAGCACAAUGUAGCACAAUCUAAAAAAAUCAAAUAUUCGAAAUGUGCGGGGCUAACUUUACACACAUCGCACACAUUUUGUUUCUUAUAGAUUGAUAAGUCCGUUAAUGUUUGACAAAAUGGCAAUACGGCAACAUGUCGAUUAUUAUAAAGAUAGAUUCGUCGGUUCCGUAGAUUGUGGCGUUAAUAUAGAAUGCCAUACAACAAAAGUUGCGAGAGAUGCUUUAGUGUUUUUAACCAACUGUUUACACCUAAUGUGGAAAUUACCGAUUGCUUACUAUUUAAUAAACGGAAUAACUGCAGACCAAAAGCAAAAUACAUGGUUUAAACAUCCAGCAAAUGACACUAAAGUUAAUGUAUAUCUUGAUUCGUGUCACAUGUCGAAGUUGGUACGGAAUACUGUUGGCACUGCUAAGAAACUUUUGGAUAAUAAUAAUGACAAAAUUAAAUGGAAACAUUUUGAAGAGUUACAUGAAAUGCAAGAAAAGGAAAAUUUACAUCUUGGUAACAAACUUAGAACUAAACGUAUAGAUUUUUAUAAGAACAAAAUGAAAGUUAAAUUAGCCAGCCAAUUAUUAAGCACAUCUGCAAACGCUUUAGAAUUAUGCAAAAACUCGUUACAGCGACCACAUUUUCAGGAUUGUUGA